GGACGGGACCAAAAAAAAAAAAAUUAAGUUCAUGUGUAUGAUUCGGUUUUAUCCAGAAAUGUGUAACUAAAAUUGAGAUCAAAGAAUGCAUUUGUAUACAAAGGAUGUGAAACGUUUGUACUGUUCGAAUAACCACAGUUUUAAAUACUAAAUUUACAAAGAUGCCUCAAGUACAUAACAGAUCGUUGACCCUCAGCAUGGAUUCUAGCGCCUUCAACAAGAACUCUAGAUUCAUGUCCACAAUCCGAAUGACCGAGGGAGCCAAACGGAAGAUACGAGCUUUCAACACGGUAGAAAACCGGUUAAAGAAAAUUCAGAUGAAUUUUUACAAUCGCCAUGCAGACAUAGAGAGAUACCAAAUGGAACGGAAAAGAGAAAAGGUGCUGGAUGUUAUGAAGAAAAGAAACGCAUACAAAAUGGUGAUUGCAAAUCACCCCAUAGCCAACAGUCCCGAUUAUCAAAAGGCGUUGGAAGAUACUUACACAGCGCAUGCGCUGAGGCAUGAGAUCAAGAAAAUGAUCCAUUACAUCGAACCUGACAAGGUCCGAGAGAGGAAUGCGAAAAAUCUCGUGACCGAGAAUAAAAAGCGAUACGACGAGAUCUUGAACCGUAAUCGGAAAUCCAUUGUAGAGUUGUUUCCACCUCCGAGUCAAAAGAAAAUGGAUGACUAUGAGUCAGACUUUGAAAGUGAUUCAGAGGAUGAAGAGCCACCGGAAGAGGUACCAAGAAAGUUCCAACAAGCACGACCCAUGCUUCCGUUCCGCCGCCAAGGCGUCACACGUGCGUUUAUCAUGGAAAACAGCGGCAAGGGUGCGAGGCAGGAAAGCAGCACAAAUCAAACGUCUGGGUCUGCGACUGCGUCACAGGAAUCGGAACUUCCUCCAAUCACAGUGAAGAAAGAAAUUCCCCCUGAUCUCAGAAUUCCUGUUGCGUCGUAAUCAUAGAAUCAUUCUUUGGACGUUUUUAUCAUUACACAUAAAAGAACUAUUGAUAUUUUUUUAAUCAUAACAUGUCUUCAUUUUCAUCUUUAUACCAUGCAUAUGAUGACUGGCAGAAUUCAGACUUAUCAGUUCACUGACUUUGAUGCACAUUGUAAGGCUUUGUUUGAAAUUUUUAACAUUUCUUCAUUGUUUUGAUGAUCUGGUUGAUGAUAAUUUAGUCAUUAAUUAAUCAUUAAUAAUUGAUUCAUAUUCAUUUCCACGAAACAUUGAUGUACAGUUAUUUUGAAUGAAAAUAAAUGAAUAAAGUCAA